UACAACAGUUCUAUUUAGUCGCAAACAAUCAAGCCUUGUGUCAGAAGCUAUUUUCUAACGGUUCUUUUUACACGACAAAAACCGCCGACCGCGUAUUCAAUUUUCACAAAAAUUAACAACAAACAAAUUGCGAAAAUCGUAAAAAUACCGCAAAUAUUGUAAAACAUUAAAAGUUGUUCAAAUAAACGCAACUUUUUUUAAUUUCGGAAAAUUAUUCAAAAACCAAAAAUCUGUUAAACAUAAAAACUUUCGGAUUUAUAUCCAAUUGCGAGACUUACCCAAAAAAUGGACAGUGUUUUAAAUGUAUCCUCAUCGGCCACCACCACCACCACACAAACACAAAAAUCCGAUGAUUUACCCUAUACAGUUGAAACCGUAACCACCGAAGAUUCUGAUAAAGUUGUUGAAAUGUUGAAAACAUUUUUCUUUAAGGAUGAACCAUUAAAUACGUAUUUAAAUUUGGGAGAAUGCAAGGAAUUGGAAGAAUAUUCCGUAAAAUGUAUAAAAGACGGCUGCUCAUACAAGGCUGUGACCAAAAGCGGUGAAAUUAUUGGAGUCUUCUUGAAUGCUCUCAUGCAUCGUCCGGCGCCCAAUGCUGAACAUGAACAAUCCGCUGAAUCCUGUGAUCAUCCAAAAUUCAGAAAAAUUUUACAAUUAAUGGAUUUCAUUGAGGGAGAUUUCAAUGUAUUUGAUUUAUAUCCCGGCACCGAUGUUAUUAUGGAUGGUAAAAUUCUUUCGGUCAAUUCCAAUUAUCGUGGCUUAGGCAUUGCUGGUCGUCUCACCGAAUGUACUUUGGAUUACAUGCGAGAACACAACAUUCCGGUAAUGCAUGUUUUAUGUUCCAGCCACUAUUCGGCCCGUGUUAUGGAGAAAUUGGGUUUCCAUGAGGUAUAUCGUCUUAACUAUGCCGAUUACAAAGUUGAUAAUAAAGUCGUGCUUGCACCAGCUGAACCCCAUGUAUCGGCCCGUAUAUUGGUCAAAGAAAUUGCUGAUAUCAAGAAAAGUCAGCUGUAAAAAGUUGGUUUGAAUCAAAUGAAAGGCACUGGGUACUUGUACGAAAAGCUUAAAACUAAACGGAGAUGCAUAAUAUGUAGGUACACAUGAUGAUUAUGUACUUAUAAUUACAAUUGAAAAAUUACAACAGAUAUACUAGAAAAUAACCCACCCAAUCAUUUACCGAAAAAUGGUUGUAAAUGCUGUUAAACUUUAGAUUUUAGUGGUUAAUUAAUGAUAAAUACAUUUAAAAAUACAAUAUAGAAAUAUUAAUUCUGAUGUGAUUUUAGAUUUUUAUUAAGUUAAACUUUACAUUGGUGUUGGUCAGUAAUAAUACUUAUUAUACAUAUUAAAAUAACUACCCUUCCUUAUAAUUUUACAUUUCCUUAAUCCUAUCUCUCACUCUCACAAUUUGUGAGGAUACUAAAAUUAGAGUUCAAUACACAGUGGCGAACAAAAUGCAUUUAGCAUUUACCAUAAAUAGGUACGUUCUUAGAAUUUGAAAACAUAUUCAUUAAUAUGAAGUUCAUCCAAAGUUGUAAAUAAUAUUGUUUUAUAAUUUUGUUCGCCGCUGUAAGAAUGCUAUGAUAUGAAUUUAUUUAAAUCCUUUGUUUGUUAAUAAUCCUGAGAAAAGAGAGAGAUUGUAAUUAUAUACAUACAUUUAUAUUUUAAUGAUUUUAUUAUGUUCUAAAUAAUAAAAGGUAUUCAUUUAUUCGUUCACAACUUAAUUUGUCAUAAUUACAUUAUCCAAAAAAUUUAUUAAGAAUAUCAUGUUCUGUUUAAUAUAAAAAGUAUAAAUUUGUUAAAUCCUAAAAGUAUACUUUAAAAUAAAUGAGAAAUUGUCAAGGACACCGUGGUAACUUUGUGAAAGGUAAUAGAUGGAUGAAUGUUGAUGAUAAUAUUGAAUCCUGCAAUUAAUAUGUAUGCCCAUGUAUUUAUUAUACAAAAUUAAUUAUGUUUAAAUAAUCUUGUGUAUGAUAUUUUGCUCAUUUGUGCAGCAGCAAUUAAAAUUGCGGCAAUAACUAUUUUUUUUACAUGCAUAAUUACAUAUUGUUAAUAUUUAAGUUAUUUUUAAAUAUUUUUAUUAUAAUGUUAUGAUUGUUUUAAUAAAUAAAUAAAAUGCCAAAAUAUCCUAAAUUAA